AUACAACUCAGCAACGGAAGCCUACCCAAAAACUAAAAUAUUUGAUAACAGCAGCUGUGAAUAGUCAGAAUAGUGGUGGAUGAAGUGGAAGAAAUGGCGAUGAUGAUGCAGUGGUGCGGCGCAGCGGCGAGGCGGGUGCUGAUGGCGGAGCAGCGCGCCCUCUUCACAACCUCCUCCUCUUCCUCCCUGGCAGCAGCAGCAAUUGCAAAAGCAAAUGUGCUUGGGGCGCCGAUGCUGUGCGGGCGAGGAGACAAGAAGACGAAGAAAGGGAAGCGAUUCAAAGGGUCGUUCGGAAACGCUCGGCCGAAGAAGGAGAAGAGGAUCGAGCGCAUUAAGGACAAGGUUGAGGUCCCCAGGUCCACCCCUUGGCCUCUCCCUUUCAAGCUCAUCUGAAAUUUUCAAUUUUUCACUCUCUUUUUUCUUAGGGUUUUAGCUCCAUAUAUGUAAUGUCGAACUCCCUAAUUUUAAGUGUUUAUGUCAUGCCUUGUUAUCAAAUGGAGGCAUUUUUAUUUUAUGUCAAUGCAUAUUUCUGGUAUAUAUGUUUCUAUUGUUAA